AUGGGGCAUUUCAAGUUCAGCAGCUGCCUGGGCACCCAGGGGACGCAGUAUGAGACCAGCAGCCUGGACUUCCGCGUGGGUGCAGACGGCACGGUGUUCGCUGCCCGGGAACUGCGCAUCCCCUCCCAGCAGGUGGCCUUCACCGUGACAGCACGGGACCAUCAGACAGCUGAGCGCUGGGACGCCGUGGUGCGCCUGCGGGUGGCCCCACACGCUGGACACAAGAAAGGAAGGAAGUCUGUGCUUCUGGAUCCUUCCCAGGCGCCCAAUGACACCUUGCUGCCGUGGCCCCAGCACCUCAACCCCAGUGGCCUGCGGAGGCAGAAGCGGGACUGGGUCAUCCCCCCAAUCAACGUCCCUGAGAACUCGCGGGGGCCCUUCCCCCAGCAGCUUGUGCGAAUCCGAUCGGACAAGGACAAUGACAUUCCCAUCCGGUACAGCAUCACAGGUGUGGGCGCCGACCAGCCCCCCAUGGACGUCUUCAGCAUUGACUCCAUGUCAGGGCGGAUGUACGUCACCCGGCCUAUGGAUCGAGAGGAGCGUGCCUCCUACCACCUCCGCGCACACGCCGUGGACAUGAACGGGAACAAGGUGGAGAACCCCAUCGACCUGUACAUCUACGUCAUCGACAUGAAUGACAACCGCCCCGAGUUCCUCAACCAGCUCUACAAUGGCUCCGUGGACGAGGGCUCCAAGCCAGGCACCUACGUCAUGACAGUCACAGCUCACGAUGCUGACGAUGACACCACAGCCAACGGGAUGGUGCGGUACCGGAUCGUGACCCAGACCCCGCAGAGCCCCUCCCAGAACAUGUUCACCAUCAACAGUGAGACGGGCGACAUCGUGACCGUGGCUGCUGGCCUGGACCGAGAGAAAGUUCAGCAGUAUACGGUCAUCAUCCAGGCCACGGACAUGGAGGGAAACCUCAACUAUGGCCUCUCUAACACAGCGACAGCCAUCAUCUCAGUGACAGAUGUGAAUGACAACCCACCCGAGUUCACCACAAGCACGUACGCGGGUGAGGUCCCCGAAAAUCGGGUGGAGACAGUGGUCGCCAACCUCACUGUGAUGGACCGUGACCAGCCCCACUCACCAAACUGGAACGCCGUCUACCGCAUCAUCAGCGGGGACCCCUCCGGCCACUUCAGCAUCCGCACAGACCCUGUCACCAAUGAGGGCAUGGUCACAGUGGUGAAGGCUGUGGAUUACGAGCUGAACCGGGCCUUUAUGCUGACUGUGAUGGUGUCCAAUCAGGCCCCACUGGCGAGUGGCAUCCAAAUGUCCUUCCAGUCCACAGCAGGUGUCACCAUCUCUGUCAUGGACAGCAAUGAAGCCCCCUACUUUCCCUCCAACCACAAGCUGAUCCGCCUGGAGGAGGGUGUGCCCGCGGGUACAGUGCUGACCACCUUCUCUGCGGUGGACCCCGAUCGCUUCAUGCAGCAGGCCAUGAGGUAUUCAAAGCUGUCUGACCCAGCCAACUGGCUGCACAUCAACACCACCAACGGGCAGAUCAGCACCGCGGCAGUGCUGGACCACGAGUCCGCCUACAUUAGAAACAAUGUGUACGAGGCCACUUUCCUGGCUGCUGACAACGGGAUCCCGCCGGCCAGUGGCACCGGGACCCUGCAGAUCUACCUCAUUGACAUCAAUGACAAUGCCCCUGAGCUUCUCCCCAAGGAAGCACAGAUCUGUGAGCGGCCAGGCCUCAACGCCAUCAACAUCACUGCGGCCGACGCUGACAUCGACCCCAACGUUGGCCCCUACGUCUUCGAGCUGCCCUUCGUGCCGGGCGCUGUGCGCAAGAACUGGACCAUCACGCGCCUCAAUGGUGACUACGCCCAGCUCAGCCUCCGGAUCCUCUACCUGGAAGCAGGCAUGUACGAAGUGCCCAUUGUGGUCACGGACUCUGGGAACCCCCCACUGUCCAACACAUCAGUAAUCAAGGUCAAGGUGUGCCCAUGCGAUGAGAACGGUGACUGCACGACAGUGGGCGCAGUGGCGGCGGCCGGCCUGGGCACGGGGGCCAUCGCAGCCAUCCUCAUCUGCAUUGUCAUCCUGCUGACCAUGGUCCUGCUCUUUGUGGUGUGGAUGAAGCGGCGGGAGAAGGAACGUCACACGAAGCAGCUGCUCAUUGACCCCGAGGACGACGUGCGUGACAACAUCCUCAAGUACGACGAGGAGGGGGGCGGCGAGGAGGACCAGGACUAUGACCUCAGCCAACUCCAGCAGCCGGAAACCAUGGAGCAUGUGCUCAGCAAGACCCCUGGAGUCCGGCGAGUGGACGAGAGACCAGUGGGUGCCGAGCCCCAGUACCCAGCCAGGCCCGUGGUGCCUCACCCAGGGGACAUCGGUGACUUCAUCAGUGAGGGUCUCCGGGCUGCAGACAAUGACCCCACAGCACCCCCCUACGACUCGCUGCUGGUCUUCGACUACGAGGGCAGCGGCUCCACCGCAGGCUCGGUCAGCUCCCUGAACUCGUCCAGCUCUGGGGACCAGGACUACGACUACCUGAACGACUGGGGACCCAGGUUCAAGAAGCUGGCGGACAUGUACGGGGGCGGCGAGGAGGACUAG